CGCUAAAACUGUUGGACAUUCAAGACAGGCAUGUAUUCACACGAUCUAAAAAUAGCAUUGUAAAAUACGAACUCAUACUGUGUAGACUAGACUGUAGGCUGAAAACUGCAUCGAUAGCUUCUGUAUUGUUUUUAUUCGCGUAGCUUGAGGCAAAUGAAUAAGUAAUAGACUCCGAUUAAUUGAUAGAGAUCAUACAUCAACUUCAAUCCGUUUUUAUCUGAACAGUUAUCAAUUAGAAAUGUCAAACCAACCCUGAUUAAGCGGAAAUUAGAACAUGCCAGAAUAAGGUGGGGAAAGUAUUGAUUAACAAUGGCGAAGUUAACAACAUAGCAACCUAUUGGAAAUUAGUUCACUCCGUUUCAUGCAAGGAGAAACUCGUGGGGAGUAAAGCAAGAAAAUAAUUUUAUUCUAUUAAUUUGCUGGCAAGAGUUUUGGAAGAAAAAUGAUACAACAGUUAUUAUCGUCACUCCUGGUCUUUAUUCUUUGUGUGCCACAUUGUCAUGGGGGCUGUGCAGAGGUGGACUCCAUGACAGAGGCGGUGGCCGGGGAGAGCUUCCUCAUGGGCUGCAUCUCCUGUAAGAGGAGAGAGGAGGUCCAGGCCCAAACCACGGUUGACUGGCACUUCAGAGCCACAGGAGAGGAGGAGUAUAUCCACAUCUUUCACUAUGACCACCCACACCCCAACACCCUCCACGAGGAAUUUAAUGACCGGCUAGAGUGGCAAGGAACAAUGGGGAGUAAGGAUGUACAGAUAGGAGCCAUCUUCAUUCACAACGUCACGUUUAAUGACACAGGCACCUACCGCUGCACCUUCCAGCGCACCCUCUUCCUCCCAUUGGAUAAUGAAUAUAUCACAGUGGAAAAGGAGGUGGAGCUUACUGUGGUGGCCGAAGCCAAUCGGGAGCUGUUGUCGGUGGUGUCAGAGAUCAUGAUGUAUGUGCUAAUUGUGGUGCUGCAGCUGUGGAUGAUCGUGGUGCUGAUCCACUGCUACAACAAGAUCUGGGCUGAACAUGAGGCACGGGAUGCCCGCAAAGCCCUGAGGGCCCAAAAACUGGCCCUAAUAAAAGAACCUUUAGACUCAAAGGACAAUUGUGACGGAGUGCUUCUGGAGUGACUUGUUUCAGUAAACAUCAAAGAUGGAGAACUCUGUCACAAGCAACUGUUACCACGACACUACAAGGCUAUUAUAUCAUAGAAAUAGAAUUUGAAUGUCUUAGCAUAGUGUGUAACACAUGCAGUUUACAAUGUACUUGAUUUACUGUACGAGGUAGUUGCUGCUGGUGUGAGUGGUGAUUAGAUUAACAGGUGGUGCCGAAUAGCCUUAGUGUGUCAGCUCAAAAGAGAAUGUCAUCACGUGAUGGAUCAACAGUUCUGACACAGCUCUGAUUACAGAUGGUUCCACCUGAGCUGCAUAGAAAGCUUUGGCAGGAACAACCGUGCAUCUACAUAGGUCUCAUCUGCAACCAUAUUAUUACAGAUUUUUUUAAAUCGCUAUUUUCACAAGUAUGUGGUACAUUUUCACAACUCUUAGAACAAAAUACCAAACUGGUCACACUUGUAAUGCAGCAAGUCUUUCAUUCAAAACCUGUCAUUGUCCAUUCAUUUGGAUUAUAAACAUCUCUCACCACACAACCAUUGAUUCAAGUUUAUUGUGAAAUGUAAUGAGAAUUGGAUUCAAAUCACCGAAACACAACAAUAUCUUUUCAAAUUACAGUGCCUUGCGAAAGUAUUCGGCCCCCUUGAACUUUGCGACCUUUUGCCACAUUUCAGGCUUCAAACAUAAAGAUAUAAAACUGUAUUUUUUGUGAAGAAUAACAACAAGUGGGACACAAUCAUGAAGUGGAACGACAUGUAUUGGAUAUUUCAAACUUUUUUAACAAAUCAAAAACAGAAAAAUUGGGCGUGCAAAAUUAUUCAGCCCCCUUAAGUUAAUACUUUGUAGCGCCACCUUUUGCUGCGAUUACAGCUUUAAGUCGCUUGGGGUAUGUCUAUCAGUUUUGCACAUCGAAAGACUGAAAUUUUUUCCCAUUCCUCCUUGCAAAACAGCUCGAGCUCAGUGAGGUUGGAUGGAGAGCAUUUGUGAACAGCAGUUUUCAGUUCUUUCCACAGAUUCUCGAUUGGAUUCAGGUCUGGACUUUGACUUGGCCAUUCUAACACCUGGAUAUGUUUAUUUUUGAACCAUUCCAUUGUAGAUUUUGCUUUAUGUUUUGGAUCAUUGUCUUGUUGGAAGACAAAUCUCCGUCCCAGUCUCAGGUCUUUUGCAGACUCCAUCAGGUUUUCUUCCAGAAUGGUCCUGUAUUUGGCUCCAUCCAUCUUCCCAUCAAUUUUAACCAUCUUCCCUAUCCCUGCUGAAGAAAAGCAGGCCCAAACCAUGAUGCUGCCACCACCAUUUUUGACAGUGGGGAUGGUGUUGCUUUUACGCCAAACAUAAUGUUUUGCAUUGUUGCCAAAAAGUUCAAUUUUGGUUUCAUCUGACCAGAGCACCUUCUUCCACAUGUUUGGUGUGUCUCCCUCCCAGGUGGCUUGUGGCAAACUUUAAAUUACACUUUUUAUGGAUAUCUUUAAGAAAUGGCUUUCUUCUUGCCACUCUUCCAUAAAGGCCAGAUUUGUGCAAUAUACGACUGAUUGUCCUAUGUUGUCCUAUGGACAGAGUCUCCCACCUCAGCUGUAGAUCUCUGCAGUUCAUCCAGAGUGAUCAUGGGCCUCUUGGCUGCAUCUCUGAUCAGUCUUCUCCUUGUAUGAGCUGAAAGUUUAGAAGGAUGGCCAGUUCUUGGUAGAUUUGCAGUGGUCUGAUACUCCUUCCAUUUCAAUAUUAUCGCUUGCACAGUGCUCCUUGGGAUGUUUAAAGCUUGGGAAAUCUUUUUGUAUCCAAAUCCGGCUUUAAACUUCUUCACAACAGUAUCUCGGACCUGCCUGGUGUGUUCCUUGUUCUUCAUGAUGCUCUCUGCGCUUUUAACGGACCUCUGAGACUAUCACAGUGCAGGUGCAUUUAUACGGAGACUUGAUUACACACAGGUGGAUUGUAUUUAUCAUCAUUAGUCAUUUAGGUCAACAUUGGAUCAUUCAGAGAUCCUCACUGAACUUCUGGAGAGAGUUUGCUACACUGAAAGUAAAGGGGCUGAAUAAAUUUGCACGCCCAAUUUUUCAGUUUUUGAUUUGUUAAAAAAGUUUGAAAUAUCCAAUAAAUGUCGUUCCACUUCAUGAUUGUGUCCCACUUGUUGUUGAUUCUUCACAAACAUAUACAGUUUUAUAUCUUUAUGUUUGAAGCCUGAAAUGUGGCAAAAGGUCGCAAAGUUCAAGGGGGCCGAAUACUUUCGCAAGGCACUGUAGUUGUUUUAAUUACCAGUUAAACCAAUAGCAAACAAUGCAAGAUAAGGUGUUUUGAAAGUAAUAUUUUACAGUACUGUUAAUUACAGUAGAUUCACAGUUUUCAUAUUAGGCAAUACACUUAUAGUACCCAACAAAAUUGACAGAAAAUAUAUCCAAUGUGUGAUAAAAGGUGUGAUCCAUGUAAACGUCCUCUACAAUCACUCAUGCACAUUAAAAAAUAUAUAUAAUUGCAACAUAGGUGUACUGUCUGUAAUCAAAUGCAAGAAAUUAAAUUAAAAUAAAACAAAGUUUAGCAUGCAUUAAUUUGCAUCAAGCCUGUCUUGUACAUUUGGCCAAAAAUUCUCAUCCACAUCACAGUGAAUGUCAUUGUUCAUGCAUUGAGGUAAAAACAUUUUGGUAAGGCAAAUCCAAGCUUGAUAUUGGUCUGAAAUGAUGUUGUCACAUGCCUCAUCCAUGGCCAGAAGGAGGGUGGCACUCUCCUGGGGAAAGCGAUCGUACACCUUGUACCAACCAUGCUGAAAAUAAUUCCUCAAUAGGGUUGAGGAAAGGAGAGUAUGGGAGCAGGUAUAGGGUCACAAAUCAAAUCAAACUGUAUUGGCCACAUACGCAUGGUUAGCAGAUGUUAAUGCGAGUGUAGUUAAAUGCUUGUGCUUCUAGUUCCAACAGUGCAGUAAUAUCUAAGAAGUAAUAUAACAAUUCCACAACAACUACAUAAUACACACAAAUCUAAGUAAAGGGAUGCAAUAAGAAUAUGUACAUAUAAAUAUAUGGAUGAGUGAUGACUGAGCGGCAUAGGCAAGAUGCAAUGGCUGGUAUAGAAUACAGUAUAUACAGUUAAAGUCAGAAGUUUACAUACACUUAGAUUAGAGUCAUUAAAACUUGUUUUUCAACCACUCCACAAAUGUCUUGUUAACAAACUAUUGUUUUGGCAAGUCGGUUAAGACAUCUACUUUGUGCAUAACAAGUCAUUUUUCCAACAAUUGUUUACAGACAGAUUAUUUCACUGUAUCACAAUUCCAGUGGGUCAGAAGUUAAAAUACACAAAAUUUAUUGUGCCUUUAAACAGCUUGGAAAAAUCCAGAAAAUUAUGUCAGGGCUUUAGAAGCUUCUGAUAGGAUAAUUGACAUAAUUUGAGUCAAAUGGAGGUGUACCUGUGAAUGUAUUUCAAGGCCUACCUUCAAACUAUUUGCUUGACAUCAUGGGAAAAUCAAAAGAAAAUCAGCCACGACCUCAGAAAAAAUUAUUGUAGACCUCCACAAGUCUGGUUCAUCCUUGGGAGCAAUUUCCAAAUGCCUGAAGGUACCGCGUUCAUCUGUACAAACAAUAGUACGCAAGUAUCAACACCAUGGGACCACGCAGCGGCCAUACCGCUCAGGAAGGAGAUGCAUUCGGUCUCCUAGAGAUGAAUGUACUUUGGUGCGAAAAAUGCAAAUCAACCUUGUGAAGAUGCUGGAGGAAACACAUACAAAAGUGUCUAUAUCCACAGUAAAAUGAGUCCUAUAUCGACAUAACCUGAAAGGUCGCUCAGCAAGGAAGAAGCCAUUGCUCCAAAACCGCCAUAAAAAAGCCAGACUACGGUUUCCAAC